AUGCUAGUGGUGGUUGGUUGCGGUGACAGCGGCGAUGGUGGUGAUGUGGUGGUGGUUGGUGGCGGCGGCAGCAGCGACGGUGGUGACGGUAAUGGCCGCGACAAUGGUAAGGGUGGUUGUGGUUGUGAUGAUGGUGGUGGUGGUGAUGGUGGUGGUGACAAUGAUAGUGGUGGCGGCGGAGAUAGUUGUGGUGAUAGUGACGGUGGCAUAGUGGCAGUGAAGGGUAGAGGUGGUGGUGAUGGUGGUAGCGGCAUCGUGGUGGUAGGGGUGGUGACGACGGCACUAGUUGUACGACUGCGCCAGCGACGAUGGUGGAUGUGGUCUUGUCGGGAUGAUAGUGGUGGUGGUAUUGAUGGUAGAGGUGAAGAGUGA